AUGGCUGACGUACCACCCCCUUCGCUGUCCGAACUUAUGCGGAUGGUAGCUGAGCUACAGCAAGCAAAUCAACGAAUGGCCGACGAAAAUCAAAUAAUGGCUGCUCAAAUCGCUGAACUUAACCAUACUCGGAUAGAACAUAACGAUACUCAUCGCCAACAACCAGAAAAUAAUGAGCAUCAUUCCCAGCCCUCUCAUGUCUCGGAGACCGUCCGAGCUGACGAAGGCCAACCUGAAGAUGAAAAAGAUGAGUCCGACGAACUUGUGGGGCCCUUCACAGAAGAAGUGAUGAACUUCGAAUUGCCAAAGAGAUUCACCCUCCCACUAACCCUGACACCUUAUGAUGGGUUCGGAGACCCAAAGAAGUUUCUCAAAAAGUUCCGAUCAAUAAUGAUCGUCAAUGGUGCAUCAGAUACUGUUUUAUGCCGUUGUUUUCCAAAUUAUUUAGACCGUCCUGCACUUGAUUGGUUGUGUGCUUUGCCUGCAGGUUCCAUCUCACGAUUUCAGCAGCUGGCGAAGCUAUUUGAAGAACACUUUGCCGGAUCCGCGAUUUACUUGCACGAUUCCGAUUAUUUGAAUACGAUCAAACAGGGACCGAACGAAAGCUUGAAGGACUACAUGACCCACUUCACCAAGGUCGCGAUAAGUAUACCUGAUCUCCACCCCGAGGUCCACCUACACGCAACCAAAAGUGGACUUCGACCUGGGAAAUUCCAGGAGACCAUCACAGUAGCCAAGCCGAGGACCCUUGCAAAGUUUCGCGAAAAAGCAAAAGGCCAAAUUGAUAUCGAGGAGCUCAGACAAGCUCAGAAGUCCGAGAAGCCAAACUACCGAGAUGACGAUAAGCUCUUGAGCAGCAAGAAAAUUUUCAAAUUAACCCCUCAUUUUGAUUCUUACACGCAGUUCAAUACUAAGCGUGAGGAUAUAAUUAAAGAGAUCUUGAAUUCAAAGCUGAUCAAGCCACCAAGAAAGGCCGCCACUUAUCAAGAUACAAAGAAUGUGGACAAGUCUAAAUAUUGUGCUUUCCACCAGAAACACGGCCACAACACUGACAACUGUGUGGUGGCCAAAGACCUUCUUGAACGCCUAGCAAGGCAGGGACACCUAGACAAAUACAUCGGAGGCCACAUUCAAAAGCACAUCACACCUUCCACACCCAGCGAUUCCUCCAACUAA